AACAUAGUUUAGUUAGAGUUAGGGUUUGAUCAUAUCAUAUCAUAUAGUACUGAAGUUGAAUCGAUCGUAUCGUAUCAUCAUCCGAAAUGGAAGGAAUAACAGAAGGAGUGAACAACAUCAACAUUAAUAACAACAACAACUCCGAUUCGUAUAAGAAGAAUCGCAUUCAAGUCUCUAAUACCAAAAAACCCCUCUUCUUCUACGUUAAUCUCGCCAAAAGAUACAUGCAACAACAUAAUGAGGUUGAACUCUCAGCACUUGGAAUGGCAAUUGCCACAGUGGUAACUGUUGCUGAAAUUUUGAAAAAUAACGGCCUCGCUGUUGAAAAGAAAGUCAUGACAUCAACUGUCGACAUAAAGGAUGAUUCUAGAGGUAGACCAGUCCAAAAGGCCAAGAUUGAAAUAGUACUUGGGAAGACAGCAAAUUUCGAUGAGCUGAUGGCAGCUGCAGCUGCUGAAGAAGGCGAAAAUGGAGAUGUUGAAGAACAGACCGCAUGAAAUUCAAGUGAAAGCUACAUCUGAAUCUUUUGAAGAUAUGUAAUCUUUAAUGAUUUGCAUUUUUGUUGUUGCCAUGUAGAAGACAUCUCAUUUAUAAAUUGACCUGCAAUAUUGAUCUACAAAAUUCCCUGAUUUCUUAUUGGUAUAAAAUAGGCUUUUCAUUCUUCCUGGAUUUA